AUCCAACAUGGGCGGGCCUUGUGUUUUAGGCUUUUAGCCCAUCAGUCAAAGCCCACCAUGCUCCAUUGUGAGGGCCUCUCUCUCUUCCCCCCCCCGGGAGGAGAUAUUUUGUUAACAUGUAAUUUAGAUACAGACUAUAUAUUUUUUAAGAGAGACUGAGUUUUUUAUUUAUUUGAGAUAGAGAUUAAACUUAUAAACAUGAUAUGCGGUGUCAUGAUUAUUUUUUAAUUGCUUUUCCAUUUACAAUUUUAUUCUAAAUCUCUAUAUUCUUAUUUAUACGUCUUAGUUUUAAAUCCUUUUUUUUCUUCUUGGUCCAUUUCGCUCGGAUACUUCCUCAAAGUUCAAGCUCACAGUCCCAAAUGGUAAUUACACCCCUCUCACCUUCUGUUCUUCGUUUUUUUUUUCUAUUUUUUUUUGUCUUGUAAAUUUACUUUUCCUAUUUCCAAUCGCCAUUGAAUAUUUUCUUUUACUAUUAUUUUUUGUAGUACGUAGAUAUUAAUUUAAAUUCUACGUCCUUAAUAUUUUUCCUUAUCACUGUAAAUUUAUUUUCAUGGUUUUCAACAUUGCCUAAAAUUUGAAAUGUUAUUAGUAAAAAACUUUUUUUUAAUGAUUUUUUGUUGUUGUUGAACUGAAUAAUAAGUGUAUGAAUCUGGUCAAUGUGGGGUAUAUAUCCAGAACCUUAUAGUGUUGUGCCUAUAGUUUUUGAUAUGAUUAUUGUUAGAGCUAACAGAAGAUUUGGUAGAAAACCAACGAUGUGUUUUAGGAUUCAUACAGCUGACACUAUUUAGUGGGAUAAAGCUUCGUUGAUGCACGGUAAGUGAGGCCUUCGAAAAGCUGUUAUGAAUUGAACUCUUUUAUUCUGUUGCUUUGAAAAUAUGAUUUGCCAUUUUAGUUGGGGGAUUAGAGGAAUGAUGAUAUGAGUAAAGAGAGAGCUUUCCAUCUCUUUUCUCCACAUUGCUUAGAAUCCAAGUUGAAACAGACUGAACGAACCCUGAUGAGCUGAACCAAGUUUUUUCGCUAGGUGACUUAUGUUCUCGAUUUCAAAUGGAUCGAUUUGGUGGUUGAGUUUUGUGCUCGCGACUUUUGCAGGCGAGAGGUUUGAAGAAGCAUUUGAAGAGGCUCAAUGCCCCGAAGCAUUGGAUGCUCGACAAACUUGGCGGAGCAUUUAUGUUAUUUCAAUCCCCAAAACGAAUGAGAAUUUCCGGCUCCUUUAUGACACAAAGGGUCGGUUCCGUCUCCACUCAAUCAGGGAUGAAGAGGCAAAGUUCAAACUUUGCAAAGUCCGGUCUCUGCAAUUUGGGCAGAAGGGUAUCCCAUACAUUAACACCUAUGAUGGACGGACCAUCCGCUACCCUAACCCUCUCAUCAAGGCCAACGACACUAUCAAGCUUGACCUAGGGACCAACAAGAUCACCAACUUCAUUAAGUUCGAUGUUGGCAAUGUGGUCAUGGUUACCGGUGGAAGGAACAGGGGGCGUGUCGGAGUCAUCAAGAACAGGGAAAAACACAAGGGAAGUUUCGAGACAAUCCACGUCCAGGAUGCCACCGGCCAUGAAUUUGCUACUCGAUUGGGCAAUGUGUUCACCAUCGGAAAGGGGACAAAGCCGUCGGUAAGUCUUCCCAAGGGAAAGGGUAUCAAGCUGACCAUCAUCGAAGAGGCGAAAAAGAGGCAAGCAGCUCUACAAGCAGCCACGGCCUGAUUAACUAUGCACAGCCUUCAAAUUUUGAUUGACUUGUCUGGCUAUUGGUUUUGCUUUUGGACCUGGAGCUAGUAGUUCUGAAUUUGUUCUUCAACGUUCAUACGUUUCCUGUUUGUUUUGCUCACUACAUGUGAGCCUCAAUUUUUUGUUAUUUGAAGUUAUUUGGAAUUGGUCAAAGAGUACUCUACUUGAUACUUUCAUAACCUAGGCCAAGUUGCUCUUGGAAUUUGUCGAAAAAUUAGAGCCGGUUGAAAGUUCUUUUAAAACAACUGAAGUCUUUUUAAAGAAAAUGUUUUUAAGUUUCAAAAGUACUUGAAGUGCACAUUGCAAGAAAUACCAGUUCCAGUUAUGUGUUUCUUUUAGAAAAUACUUUAUGCAUUUUUCUAAGAUUUACUUGCAUUUUUAUUAAUAAUUGUUUAAAAACAUUUUCAACAAAAACGUUUUCAAUCAUUUUAAAAACACUCUAAAAUAACUCUUACUCACGCAGUGGGUAUAUAUAUAUAUUCUCCUAUUGACCAGCCUAUUUUAUCAGAAAAUAAUGUUAACUUCAAGAAACAUUAGGAAAAAAAACCAGUGUGCCGGUUGCAUUAAUAGAAAGGAUAAGUAGUUCACAAGCUGCAUUCAACUUACUCGACUAAAAUUUGUCCCAAUAUAAUCAAAACCCCUAAACAGCUACAAUCAGCACAA